AUGCUAUAUUCAUCUAACGAACUAACGAACUAACGAACCAACGAACUAACGAACUGUAGAAAUCCUAUCAAUCCACGCCUUUUACACUACAUCUAGCCUUCCAUUUUGAGUUUUUAUUACUAGCAUGUAGAUUUAUGUGUAAGACAUAAGGACUACUGCUGUCAAUUAAUUGGCUAUUCAUUCUAUUACCCUGGAGUGUAUACAUACUUUAUAGCAUGUGGGUACUUUCAUAUAUGCUAACCGCUAAUACCGGACCAGUACAUAAUAAAAUACAGUGCUAUGUAACUUUAUAGUUAAAGCACUUGAAAAAAUGGCAUUUACUUCGGCUGAUGUCAUUGGGCGGUCGUACCGGCUUGCAGUUCCCCGAAACUUUGGUGUUACAAACACCAGAGACUUGCUGAGGGGCAACGUGGUUCGCUCUAGCUUAAGACCUUCUCUCAUUUCUGCAACAUCCACAGCAUCUACAGCAUCUACAGCAUCUGUCCUCAAAAACCCAACACGACAUUAUAACAACUCAUCUUCAUCUAUCUCACCAAUAUCCGUCAUACGAGUUGAUUGCUUUUUCAAGACAUUGGACAGGGGUCGUUUGACACCUGCGCCCUACCGGUCGUUCUCUUCUUCAACACCUGCCAAAUCUGUCGCUCUAACAGCUCUUGAUUCGCAACAGCAUUCUCAACCCAGAUCUAAGCCCCACAGCAACUCUCCCAAUUCUCAUUUCUACCUGCAACGUGGGGCUGCCCCUCUACAUAUAAAUACGCCAGCAUAUCUACCCAACAGCCGGUCUUUCUCUUCGUCGUCCCCAGUCUGUUGUUCAGCCCUCAUACCCUCGUCCAUCAUGGCAGACCGAGACAUUCUUCCCUCUACCGUAGUCCCCUCACAUUAUGAUCUCUCUAUAUCUUCCUUGAAGUUCGACGACUGGUCUUUCCAAGGAACAGUAGACAUCCAAGUCUCGAUCACGGAACCUGUCAAGGAAAUAGUCAUCAACUCUAUUGAGCUCAAGCUACACACUGCCAAAAUCACAGUCGACCACACCAAGUCCUCUCAGUCCCUUGAGACUACCACCUUCAACUAUGACGAAAAGAAGCAGCGUGCAACCCUCGUCUUCGCUGAGGAGGUUCCUGCCUCUCAAAAGGCUACUCUCCAUAUUACAUUCCAGGGAAUCCUGAAUAACGAUAUGGCGGGCUUCUACCGGAGCAAGUACCAACCUACAGUUCCCGCUACGGCCUCAGUACCUAGAGACGACACCUUUCAUUAUAUGCUAAGCACCCAAUUCGAGGCCUGCGAUGCCCGCCGGGCUUUCCCUUGCUUUGACGAGCCUCGGCUAAAGGCAACAUUCGACUUUCAAAUCGAAAUCCCCGAGGAUCAGGUUGCCUUGUCCAACAUGCCCGUUAAAAACACCUCGAAAGUCAAAGAUGGCUUUGUAGUAGUUUCCUUCGAACGGACCCCUGUCAUGAGCACAUAUCUUCUUGCCUGGGCUGUUGGCGAUUUCGAGUACGUCGAAGCACAUACCGAGCGCCGAUACAACGGAAAACAAAUCCCCGUGCGUGUAUACACCACUCGAGGACUCAAGGAGCAAGGCCGAUUCGCUUUGGAGCAUGCCCCUAAAACCAUCGACUUAUUCUCGGAGAGCUUCGGUAUCGAUUACCCCCUACCAAAGUCCGACUUGCUUGCCGUUCACGAGUUUACGCACGGAGCAAUGGAGAACUGGGGUUUGGUUACUUACCGUACGACGGCCGUUCUUUUCGACGAGAAGACCUCGGACGCUAGAUUCAAGAAUCGUGUCGCAUAUGUUGUUGCUCACGAAUUAGCCCACCAAUGGUUUGGCAACUUGGUCACUAUGGACUGGUGGGACGAGCUCUGGUUGAACGAGUCGUUUGCUACCUGGGCGGGAUGGUACGCCGUCAACGAAUUCCACCCCGACUGGCAAGUCUGGGCUCAGUUUGUCAACGAGGGAAUGGAAUCAGCGUUCCAACUUGAUGGAAUGCGCUCAUCUCACCCUGUUCAUGUCCCAGUCAGAGAUGCUCUAGACGUAAACCAGGUUUUUGAUUCCAUUAGCUACCUCAAGGGAUGUUCUACAUUACGAAUGUUAGUCAAUCAUCUCGGAGAGAAGACUUUCCUUCAAGGAGUCGGGGCAUAUCUGAAGAAGCAUGCUUACGGUAAUGCCAAAUCUGAAUACCUCUGGGAGGCGCUGGCCGAGGCCUCUGGAGCCGAUAUCACUGGUCUUAUGGGUAACUGGAUAGAGAAGAUUGGUCAUCCCGUAUUGACUGUUGCUGAGGAGCCUGGGCAGAUAUCGAUUAAGCAGAAUCGAUAUCUAUCAACAGGCGACGUGAAGCCAGAAGAGGAUCAGACCAUAUGGUGGGUACCGCUCUCCUUGCAAGGUAAGGUAGGGCAGCAGGACAUUCAGAACUUGGCCCUCACUGAAAAGAACACGACAAUCCGGGAUAUUGACGACAACUUCUAUAAGAUUAAUAGCAACGCCACCGGUUUCUACCGAACAAACUAUCCUCCAGCUCGCCUUGCGAAGCUUAGUAAGCAGCUUGAUCGCUUGAGUAACGAGGACAAGAUCUCCAUUAUUGGUUCUGCGACCGACUUGGCCUUCUCCGGAUACGGUACCACACCUGCUCUUCUCUCUUUCGUUGAAGGCUUCGGGGGCGAGACAAAUCAGCUUGUCUGGGCUCAAGUUCUGGACUCCCUCGGACUAGUUAAGACUAUUUUUGGCGACGACGAGGCUAUCAAACGCGGCCUCGAGCAGUUUACUCUAAAGCUUAUUAGCAAGGCAGUAGAGGAGAUUGGUUGGGAAUUUCCAGAAGGCGAAGAUUAUCUUAAGAGUUUACUACGAAAAAGACUUUUGCUUAGCGCCGCAGCAAACAGUCAUCCACAAGUCGUUGAAAAGGCCAAGUCAUUAUUCGAGGCUUGGGCUGAUAAGGGAACCCCCCUACAUCCGAACUUAAGGACCGUAGUCUACCGUGCUGGUGUGAAGACCGACCCAGCAAAGGCAGUGAAGGCUCUCAAGAAAGAGUGGUUCACCGGAGCAUCUUUUGAUGGAAAAUUGGUCUGCCUUGCAUCGCUAGGUCACGUUCGUGACCCCGACCUUAUUUCUAACAGCGUCCUGCCCUUCAACAGCGACCUAUCCCCACCAGCCCCUCCGUCCGAAUCAGUACCUUCAGGUGACAUGCAUACUAUUGGUAGCACCUUGGCGACUAACUCAGUUGCCCGUCCAAUCCAGUGGAAGUACAUCCAGGAUAAUUGGGAGAAGUUAACAACCAAGAUGGCGAACCCGGUCGUUCUUGACCGCUUCGUCAAGCUCGCACUUUCGAAGUUCACUGAUACCAAGUACAUCGACGAAAUUGACAGCUUUUUCAGGGGCAAGGACACGAGCGCCUUUGACCGAACCUUGGAGCAGGUCAAAGACUCUAUCCGUGGCCGAGCCGCCUACCGCGAGAGAGAUGCUCAGGUCAUCAAGGAGUGGUUGAGCGCCAAUGGUUAUCUCCAGUAGAGAGAACUCUUGUCCAAGGUGUCGUCGGUAUAUCUUGCGAAACUCAUGAAAACCCCUGCGUGAGUUGCAACAUUGAGCAUUAUAUAAGAUGAGACUAUCACAUCAAAGCUAUAAGCCAUACAAAAGAAUAGUAAAUAAAAAUUAACACCAUAUUGUGCAACUCCAUAUUGAUCCUAAC